GCAGCCUCGAUGCUUGUUCCUUUGUUUCAAUGUGGUGGUGUUGUGGUGUUAUAACUACCACACCUUGUCGGUUGCGGUGUCUGCAGAUGUCCUCGUUUAAAACGUAUUAAAUAAGGGCCAACACUCCUGACAACUCCGUCCGUUUCUGCCAAACUAACACACUUUACUCUUAUUGGUGAUCUUUCCUUGUCAUCCUCAAAAGGAAGAAAAAUGAAAAAUAUAGUAUAAAAUUGUUAUUACACUUUGCCACUUUGCUCAUUUAUAUGGUUGCAUUCACCAUUUGCUUCAUUUGCAAUUGGUUCCUUCUUUCUAUCUUCUUUUUCAUUUGAUGCCAAACCUUGCCUUAUAGACCCCAUUUGAUAAUUUAACUUGGUCCAAUGCUUUACCUCCUAAUCUCUUGUGUAUCCUUCUCCUUCAUCUUCCUUUCCAAGUCUUUCACUCACAAGUCACUCCCUUCAUGGGAGGCUGAGAUGAAAUUGUUGUCACCUUGGUUCUGGGGUGAAUUAUCAACUUUUCUUUUGUCUUGGUUCAAGAAAAGUAGGCCUGCUAUCAGUUUCUUUCAAGUACCUGUAUUAUUCAUUCCAUUGAAGAACAUGGGACAUAGCUCAAAAGUAGAGAAUGUAGAGGAGAAAGGUGAUGUUUCUCUGUUGGAUUUGCCUGACUUGGCCUUGGACUGCAUUCUUGAACGGCUUUCGCCAGCCGGGUUAUGUAGUAUGGCAGCAGUGUGUAGUUCUUUGAGGGAUAGAUGUAGGAGUGAUCAUUUAUGGAAGAAACACAAGGAGAACAAGUGGGAUAGAGUGAUUAGUGAUGCUACUUAUAGAGAAUGGAAAAUGCAUGUAGUCUCAAGAAAAAGACCAACCCUUUUGGAUCGAAGCAAGAGAAAAGGGUUAUUUAACUCCCUUUUUGGGGAUUGGCCUUCUUCAUGGUUUAGACCAAAAUUAGAAAGCAGCAGCAAGUCAAGGAGGUCUUUACCGGUUGAUUCAAUCAAGGCUUGGUAUCAAUCCCUUGAAAGUGGCAAGUUAUGGUUUCCAUCUCAAGUCUAUAAUCGUGAGAAUGGUAAUGUUGGUUUUAUGCUGUCAUGUUAUGAUGCUGAACUUAGCUAUGUCUCGAAGAAUGACACCUUUCAGGCAAGAUACUUGCCGCAUGGGCGGCGAACAACAGAGGAUAAUAUACAAUGGGAGAGGCUAAGAGCACCACCGGUUGAUACUCCUCCAAAUGUUCUUCAUGUCUCUGAUUGUUUAGAUGACUUAAAGCCUGGUGAUCACAUUGAGAUCCAGUGGAGAAAAGCCAGAGAAUUCCCCUAUGGUUGGUGGUAUGGAAUCAUUGGUCACUUGGAAGCAUGUGACAGGAAUGAGAAUCACUGCCACUGCCAUUAUAGUGAUUCAGUGAUAUUGGAGUUCAACCAGUAUUCUCCUGACUCAAAAUGGAGAAGAAUGGUGAUAAACAGGAAGAGCCACCGGGAGGAAGGCAAUGAAGUGGAUGGCUUCUAUGGUGGAAUUAGGAAGCUUUAUGAAGAUGAGGAGAUUGCAAGGUGGAAACGCCUUUGGCCAACCCAAAUAUUGGAUUAGUAUCAUGAGUGCUUUUGUAAAUAGGCCCCUCUUUUUCUUUUCUUUUUUCCUCUCUCUUUCUGGAGCUGUGAAUGAGGAGAGCUCAUAGUCAUAGAAAUCAUUCGAAGAAGAUGAAGAUUAAGCUUAAUUAUUUUUGUUCGGCAUAGCAAGGCCUUGAACAGAUGCAAAAAGAAAAAAGCAUACUAUAUAUACCAUGAUAUGCAUUUUCCAACCUGACUAGUUUUGUACUUUGUGUUUGACAUAUCUUCAGGGAAAUCAUUUCCUUUUCUGUUUAGAUAUAUAGGUCAUAGAUGGUAGAACAUAGGUGCAUCUAUUGUAAAGAUUUUGAAAUUUCAGUGGUUUUUGUGAGAUAAUGGUACCUUUUCAUCUGCUGUGAAUAAUCUGCACAGAAAUGAAAUAAAUGAUGUCUGAAAUUUCAUUCAAGAUCA